AUGAUGGUCAAACCGUACGAUCGUUUUCCCGAAAAGAAUAUGCGCAUGAGCCGUGACCUGGAAGGAAAAGAAGUUUUGCAUGUUAUAUGGGGUGAACUUUAUGACUUGGUCAGCCGAUGUUCAAAAUCAAUGAUGGCUCCAUCGGAUUACCGAGCGAACGAUGUUUCCGAUUUUCAGACGAAAAAUCGUUCGGAGUUCGAACCAUGUAUGGCCUCGCCAUAGAUGGAGAUAGGAGUCACUGUACGGGAGGUUACAAUAGGCUGAUACCAAGUCAAAUUUAGGUGCUUGCACUAGAUGCAUUUAAAAUACAAAUAAAGCUCAUUUCCAGACAAAAAAAAAAAAAAGU